AAACAUUUAAAAACAAAGUGUUUUACUAUUGAUUAAAAAUUAAUUUUUAAAAGAAAAUAGUGUUUAAAAUAUCAUUUAAUACCAAUCAUGAUGGAAAUGGAGAUGAAUGCAGAAUUAGAGAGGGAUGGUGGAAGUGAAGAUGCAGAGCAAUCUUCAGAAGGGAGUUCUGCAGGAACAGUUUUCUGCACUUUAGAACAAGACUAUGCAAAAUUAAUAAAGGAAAUGAAGAACAAUGAAGCACUUGCUCCGUAUGAGGAAGAAUAUACCAGACUUUUUGAAUCUUUGUAUAAAGCCCAUAGAAAUGAAAAUGAAUUAACUGAAAAAUGCAAAUUAUUACAAGAAGAAGUAAUGCAAUAUGUUGAAAAAAUUGACGAACUUGAAACAAAUUUAGAAACUAAUGAACAAACUAUAGCAAAAUUAAAACAUGAAAUUACCAAUUCAAUGAAACUUGCAGAUGCUGCGCAUUCUAGAGAACAAAAUGCUCAAGAAAUAAUUGAAAAUUUACGAGGAGCAUUAAAAAAAUUUAAACAGGAACUUAAUCAAAAAGAUAAAUUAGCUUCAGAACAAGUGACAUUAAUGAAUAAACAAAAAGAAGGUUUGGGUUCUGAUCGAGAUAAAUUUAUAGGAGAAAUAGAAACAUUGCGAGAACGAUUGAAAGCAACAACCAAAUAUAAUAGCGAACUUGAAAUAAGAAGUGCAGAGCUAGAAAAUCAAAGGACCGAAAUCCAAGAAAAUUUAGACGCACAAUUAAAUGAAUACUCCAAAGAACAUCGUUUACGUGAAAAAGCAGAAGAGACGAUUCAACAGUUACAAGAGGAAAUAAAAAAAAACAUCAAUGAACUGCAGACAAUAAAUUCAUCCUUGAAAACUAUGGGAUCUCAUGCUACAAAACUGGAAUUUCAAUUAAAAGAUCAAAAACUUACAAACGAAACCUUACAACAAGAAAUUAAUAAAUUAUUAUCAAAGAAACUGAACAUACAGUUAGAAUUUGAUAACUUAAACAUUCAGUAUCAAAAUAAUGAAAAAAAAUUAUCAGAAUGUGAACGAAAAGUCGAUAUGAUGAAAAUAGAAAUACAGAAAAUGCGUGAUGAAAAUUCAAAAUUAAAAACAGAAAAAGAACAAUUGUCUAAAAAAAUUAUGAAAGAAGAAAAUCUAAAAUCUACUGCUCAAGACAAUUUAAAACAAACGCAAAUUAGUCACAGAAAUGCCGAAUUAGAAAUUUAUUCAUUACAAAAAUUUCUUGAAGAGGAAAAAAAAAUAAAAGAAAAAAUUAUUCGUGAAAAAGAAGCAAAUGGAAAAGCUGUAGCUGGCUUAAAGGAAACCAUUAAAUCUUUACAAAUGGAAGCUAAUAUCAAUGAGCAGAUACGUAGAAAAAUGGAAUUAACUAUUGAAGAUGCUGGACAGAAUGCUGAAGAAUUGAAAAGAAAAAUUUUUCAUCUUGAAAAAGAAAGAGAUAAGUACUGUCAUGAGGCUCAAGAACUUUUUGAUAAGGUAGAAGAUCAUAUUGAUGAUUUAAAAAUUAAAAGAACAGAGAUAUCUGAUUUUAAGAAACGUCUUUAUGAAGCAGAAUCGAAAUUGCGACAACAACAUAAUGCUUAUGAAACAUUAAAAGGCGAAAAUAAUUCACAGUUGACAAAUUUAUCAGAAGCAAAAGAUGAAAUAAGAGAAUUGAAGCAAAAAUUAAAAGUAACAAAUAAACAAGUAGAACAAUUGAAAGAAGAAGUUGCCCUAAAGGAAGUCAGUAUAACCAAUGGAGAGUUUUUGUUGGGAAAAGCAGAAAAAGAAAAAGAAGAAUUAAAGUCUGAAUUGCAAAAAUCUUUUAAAACAGUGUCAAUGUUAAAACAAAAAAUUGAAGAAAUGAAAAAUGAAGAAAAACAUUUGAGACUAAAUGAAAAUCAUGCACAAAUGAAAAUAAAUCGACAGAAAAAAGAAAAUGACGCUGUACUUGUUGAACGUGACGUUCUUGGUACACAAUUAGUAAGACGAAAUGAUGAAAUUUCUCUUCUUUAUAAUAAAAUUAGAGUAUUGGAAGAUAUUAUUCAACGAGGAGAAAAUCAAUAUGCCCAAAGAUUAGAAGAAAUAAGAUUGUUUAAAUUAGAAGUACAAAAAUUAAGAAGCGAAAAAAUUCUUUUAAUUAAAAACAUAAAUAAUACGAGCGAUCUAAAAUUUGAACUCGUUCAUAUGCAACAAGAUUUAACAAGAGAAAAAUUAAAAGUCACUGCAUUAGAAGAAGAACUUCAAAAUCCAUCGAAUAUUCACAGGUGGAGAAAAUUAGAGGGAACUGAUCCUGAUAUGUUUGAGAUGUUAAAAAAAGUUCAAAUUUUACAAAAACGUAUUAUAAAAAUGUCUUCACAAUUAAUUGUUAAAGAAAAAACAAUUGAAUAUACAGAAAAACUUUAUACAAACGUACGAGAAAUACUCGGAAAGCAACCAGGAUCUGAAAUGACGGAAAUGUUAUCGAAAACUCGAAAAGCUCUCAUAGAUAGAAGCAACAAGAUAAAAUGCAUACUUGCAGAAAGAAACAUGUUUGAGUCCUUAACAAAUGAGCAAAAAUUUGAAAAUGAAAGAUUAAACAAAGAAUUAAAUGAUUUAAAAAUAAAAUAUUAUAGUUUAAAGAAUAAUGGACAAAAUUAUAAUAAAAACAAGCCAACUGCUGUAGCUAUUUUACCAUCGAUAUCAUUUUCAGAGAAAAAAGUUUAUGGCGGAGGUUUUAAUAUGACUGUGACUAAAUCACAAAUUAAUAAAUAAAAUUAUAUAUAUAUAUAUAUAUAUAUAUAACGAUUCAAGAAUGUAAAUAUAAAUAAAAUGUAAAAAGUCUUUCUAAUUAAAAAAAAAUCUAAUAACUAUAA